UACGUGCACCGGUUUAGGCGACCCCAUUAUUGUGCUCUCCCAUGGUCACGUGUCUUUGUCCUCCAAUCCAGUUUCUGCCAUGGAUCAACUUAUCAGAGGUCUGUAUAGUUCACAGUGAAGUCAAGUAGUUACAAGAUUUCCACAGAAUCUGCUUUUGUGUCUAUUCCAUAGCGGGAGUGUAUACGCCCAGUUGAUCCUGUGCGUGUUUUUGUUAUGUCGACAUUGGGGACUCUUGGUUACUACGCUGACUCACACAUUCCACACGAGGACGAUGAUCAUAUGGCACCAAGGUUCGCCACUGGACCUGCGCUCCCGCAGCCUCGAGAGCUGACGCUAUCUGAAUAUGGCGAGCAGGAGUCGUACCCUUUCCAAGCCAAGUCAACUAUUUUUGGCGCGUCAUGGAGUCCGGUGCCUGUGCAGCCGCCUGGUAGUACAUCUAUCGCAUACCAUCCUUAUAUACAUCACCCAUGUCCAACCGGGGAACCCGAUGGAGCGUCCAUGCGUGCUUGGGCGUUGGAGCCGCUAUCUGCAUCCGUGCCUUUCACGGGAUUACCAACGGAUAUGCACCACGAUAUCAAACUUGAGCCACUGGUCGGGAACGGUGAGUGCACAACGCUUGAUGCGCACACACUAAUCGCGCCUGAUGCUGACCACGACGCGGCCCCCGCGGCGAAAAAGGUGUCUGGCGACACGGAUUUGACUCAGUCGAAAGACGACAAGACAUCGACAGAGACUAAGCCAGAUCUAGACCCCAAUAACCCUGCGUCCAACUGGCUACAUGCGAAGUCAACCAGAAAAAAACGCUGUCCUUACACUAAGCAUCAAACUCUUGAGCUGGAAAAGGAAUUUCUUUUUAAUAUGUACCUGUCCCGUGACCGUAGAUACGAAGUGGCAAGACUUCUAAAUCUCACGGAGAGACAAGUCAAAAUUUGGUUCCAAAAUCGUAGGAUGAAGAUGAAGAAAUGCAACAAAAAUCGCCCCAAAGACAACUGAAAUUAAACUGAUAAGUGCACGGCAGUGGUUUGGACAGCAUCCCUCUUCCUACGCACACGGAUUUUGUAUCGUGCGUCUGCUCUAAUGCAAAGCAACGGCAGCAACAAAAUGUACUUUGCACAAUCUCUCGGUUUGAGAGUGUGCUUGUGUAACAGUCGCGUCUUUGUAUAAGGAUAUUUGUUAUUCCUCUUGUCUCGUGUUUGCUUGUUAUAGGUCUAGGUGUUACGAUUAUGUGCAUUCUGAGCGUCUUUCAGUUUUGGGAAGCUUCCAAGUAGGCCAGGGAUGUGUACUGAAAUGCUCGAAGACAUUAAAUAGUGGUUUGCAUGAGUGUCAGUUUUGUUUUUUUUUCUCCAGAAUGAAUUCAGCCCACGAUAUCGAUGUUUAAUGUAACUACCUAGAUGUAUUUGAACUACCUAUUUGCAUUAUGAAUAUUCGUGUUUUGUUGUCGUUGAGACGUCAGUGAAAUUUGUAUCAUAAAUAUGCCUGAAAUAUUUGUGACUAGAAAAAAAAUAGCCUGUACACGUACGAAAAAUACCUCACAUUAUCAGUUUACUUAGCCAUUUUCAAAUGAAAGAUCAUCUGUGUAGAUGGCAAAAUAAAGUUCUGAAAAUGCAA